CUUCGUGUUUUGUUACCUUCGAUCCAUGUAAUCUGAAUAGUGAGGUUGUUUGUUUUGAUUUGGUGUUUUAAGUGUUUUGGUGUUUUAAGUGUUUUAAAUCGGAUACUUUUUGCUCCAUCCUUGGAACAACGUACACAAAAUCAUAAGUCUCUCUUAAACUUGAAUAUGCAUUGUUGAAGCCCUACAUGGUUGUCAGAAGGAAGGUGUCUCGGGAUGUAGUUAUGUAAUAAUAGGUGGUACACGUGAAUUUAUUUUCUUGGAUGUGAAAACUGUGAAUGGUUCAAUGAGAAGUAGAACUUAGAUUACAAUCAUGGUUCUAGGCUAAGAAUAUUUUGGAUUUUCUCAAAUCAACAACCAUGAACUGUUCGUAACCUGACAGCUACUGAGCUGUAUGUUUUUGUUUACUUGAUGUGUUAAUCUGUGACUUGAUUGACGAUGCAUAUGUAUUUGGUGGUGGUGGGGUCUUUGGAGUGACAAGCACACAUAAGCUGUAUCGUAUCUUGUAGUUUCUUGAAUGAUUAAUAACUAGUUUGUAUUUCAUUUGGAUUUCAGCUAACACUUGCUUUUCUGCCAUGAUAUCAUUUGUUUUCUUGGGUUUUCUCGUGGGGCCAAGUAGCAUAACUUGUAUACGUGAUUUAGUUGUAAAAUGUCUGCAAAAUGGUUGCUGAGGGAUUCACUGUGGAUCUUAAUAAGCCCCUUGUAUUUCAGGUUGGUCAUCUCGGUGAGACGUACGAGGAAUGGGUUCACCAACCCAUUGUGACAAAGAAAGGCCCUCGGUUUUUCCACAGUGACUUUUGGGAGUUCUUGACACUUACAGUUUGGUGGGCGGUUCCCGUCAUUUGGUUGCCAGUUUCAGUCUGGUGCAUCUCCAUGUCGAUAAGCAGGGGCCUUUCACUUCCAGAAAUCGUCCCACUGAUAGCCUUGGGGAUAUUUAUCUGGACGUUGAUAGAAUACACUCUUCACCGGUUCCUUUUCCACAUAAAGACCAAGAGUUACUGGGGAAACACAGCACACUAUCUUCUUCAUGGAUGCCAUCACAAGCACCCAAUGGACCACCUUCGACUCGUCUUUCCUCCUGCUGCAACAGCGGUUUUAUGCUUUCCUUUCUGGAACCUUGUGAAGCUUUUCACAACUCUUUCAGUCACACCUGCUUUGUUUGGAGGCGGCAUGCUUGGUUACGUGAUGUACGAUAUUACUCACUACUACCUUCAUCAUGCACACCCAACUAGAGCAGUGACCAAAAAUCUCAAGAAAUACCAUUUGAGCCAUCACUUCAGGAUUCAGGACAAGGGGUUUGGUAUUACAUCGUCGCUAUGGGACAUAGUGUUUGGGACACUUCCAACCACAAAAGCUCCCAAAACAGAGCAAUAGGAAGGAUCUUGGCAAUACAGUUAAAUCUAAAAUUAUUUAUCAUCCUUCAAGAGUUUUGAGAUUUUAUCUGAAGGGGUUUCAUUUAAACCAAUGUGUUUGUAAAUCAAUUGUGUCACAUCCUAUUUAAUAGUCUUGGUAUGUUUCUCACCGAAAGCAACCAACAAUGUAUACUACCUAACGUGUAAAAUGUGUGUUUGAUCUUAUAUCUUUUGUUACUCUUU